UCCAAUGCGUCCAAGUGUUGUUACACGAGUCGAGCAUAAUUUCAGAGAAACAGACUUGUCAUACAGUCACUGUGGUCAGUAAGGCUUCAUCUGCAGAAUGGAUUUCACGUCACAAAUUUGUUGACGUGGUGCUACGUAAAUGUGCUUUUAGUCUGGAUUUACACACUGAGAGAGUGUCUGGUUCUCUGACAAUGCCAGGAGUCCUGUUGGAGAUGGAGGAGGCUGAGCAAGGCUGGAAGAAAUGACAAGGAGUCCCGAAAUCUCGGAGCAGCAACAGAUGAGUUUAUGAAGGAUACAUGAGCUGGUGAGAUGGAGGAAGCGUACAAUGAACUCUACCAGCAGUUUCUCUGCCUGAGGUCCCUUUGCCUGAGACAGGCAGCUCUGCUACAUGAACUCAAAACAGCUUUGCAGAAACAGCAAGGUACCACUGUUCCUAAUGGAGAACUGAGUGAUGCAAUGUCCCUCCCCGUCCAGUGUACCCAAGAAAUCCUUGUAAAUCUCCAUGACGGGCCUCAAACACUAACAGCCAAGGCACCCAAACCUGCAGCACAAUGUAGUGUCGAUCGGCCCUCUAGAAACCUUGGGACUUUUUCGGAUCUCCUCGCUGAGGAUAUGUCUAAGCUCUGUAUGGAAGUGCCUCGUCAGAGAAAGGAAGAUGGGACGACUGAGGAAACGGUUGCACCCCUUAUAAGCCAGGACAUCACUAAGUGGCCAGGAGCGUGUUCCAAUGUCUUAAAUAAUCCAAAGCAUGCUGAUUCUUGUUGUGGAGACAGGACAAUGCACACUGUAGGGAUGCCUAUGACAGACACUCCCUCCCUGGUUGGACACUGCCUGAGUCAGUCUGGUGGGAUGCUGAUGUCAGAUGUAGCACUACAGUCUCACGUUUGUGACUUCUGCCAGGCGGUUUUCCCCGGAGACACAACCACCGGAGGAGAGUUCCUGCGACAUCUUUACACCCACGUCACCUAGACUGAUCUGUUUUGUCCUUCUGACACACGAGUUGUGUGUUCACAUGCAGCGUUGAAAUCAACCUGCACUUCAUAUUGUUAGCUGUUUACCUGUGGAUGAACUGUGCAGAUGCUGAUGGAGGAAUCAUUUUCUGUUUCUGUUUUUUUUUUUUUUUAAGAUAUUUUUUGGGGCCUUUUAGCCUUAAAUGGACAGGACAGACAAGUUUGAAAGGGGGAGAGAGAGAGAGAGAGAGAGAGAGUGACAUGCAGGAAAGGGCCACAGGCUGGAGUCGAACCCGGGCCGCUGCGGCAACAGCCUUGUACAUGGGGCGCCUGCUCUACCACUAAGCCACCGACGCCCCCAUUUUCUGUUUCUGAGAUGUAAAAUGAAGGGCAGGAAACUUCCUUUGCUUCAAUUGUAUGUGAAAGUACUAAGAUAACGUAGGUUCAGUUUACCAUCUCACUUACAACUGCAGUGCCAGUAUUUAGCCAGGGUUUUAUUUGUCCAGGUUUGGACAUUUAGAUCUAAAGACCUCACUGUAUCAGUUGUUAUAGGGACCAUUCCUAUUAUAGAAAGUGAUGUUAAUCUUACCCAACCCAGACUGGGGCAAGUUACACAAAAACUAUCUGCAUGGCCAGAUACAACUAGAGUGUUUUUUUUUGUCUUGAGCUAAUGGUUUAAGCCACCUCAUUUAAUACAUGUAACUCACAUAGAGAAAAUCCACAAUAGCAUAAAUCAUUGCCCAUAUAGCCUUUAUUGUAGUUACAACUUGCAACCAUGAUGUAUUUGUUAAGAUCUUAUAAAUCAUCCAUCCUUUAAAGGCCUCCUUACCUCAUGUACACUGACUGUGAUCCUCCCCUGGUGUUUUAAAGGGGAACUUCAUCUAUUUUCGAAUUCACACUCAUUUUAUUCCUAUGGUCUGAGACAGUUCAGAAAUGUAGGUAAAAAUGAACAACACUCUCCCAAAUCCCCAAACUAGAGAGCCAAAUUCAAAUUUGUGAUGUCAUCAAGUAUAAAGUCUGGAGCUGCUCUGUAGACAAUGAACUGUGAAAGAUGUUACAGAUGACUCUGAGAGCAUAUCGGCACAUUUUCGGUUUCACAACUGAGAACACUAAAAUGAAAUAAAGCUCAUUUGGGUAUAAAAAAAUCCCCCAAACAUUCUGUGGGGCCAUAAAAUCAGCCUCCCAUACAUUGUCUAUGGAGCAGCUCCAAAAUUACUACUUAAUGACAUCACAGGUUUUACUCACUUCUCUGGUUUCUGGCUUUGACAGAGAGUAGCUCAUGUUCACAAAUAUUGACUGAACUUACCUAGGCCAUAGAAAUAAUAUAUUUAAAUUGGGUAAAUUGGUGUUUCCAUUUAAUGUAGCCCAUAAUUGCACUUGAAAAUGCACAAUUGUGAAAAUACCUUCUCUACUUGACUGAAUUACAAUAGCCAGACAACAGAGAUGUUACUCUACAAUAUGAGAGUAAUGGAGAUCUUGUGUUUUAAAAAUAUAAAAGUAUAUACAGGGGAAUAAAUCAUUGAAAUAAAUAGGGUCAUUUGUCGUGUUCAGGAAAAAAAUGGCGGACUAUUGUACCGUUUAAUCUGAAAAUCUAGUGUUUAUUAGGGUUUGUUAUCACGUGCUAUAGAUAAGAUACAAGAGGGCCAGUUAUGGACAGUGAGGCACAUUGUUUUGUUUAUGAUCUGAAGUAACUGUUUGAAAAUAUAAUUAUAAAGAAAAUUGUUUCAACUGAAAUAGCUGAAUUUCUACACAUUACCAUCAAUCUGUAGCAAAGGUGGGGGAGCAUCUACUGCUGUGCUUAUCAUUCUCAUCUCACCUGAUUGUUGUGAAAUGGGUUCGGUGUUCACUGACCUUUAUGUAACUGUGACUUUGUUUGCAUUGGUUUUAAAUGCAAAUUUCAACAUUUUUAUAAUUGUUUAAUGCUUGUAUGUCAUAAGGAAAAUCUUCUCUUGUGUAGAUUUACACUCUGAAUCAUGGCAGUAUGGGUCUUGGCUGAUUUUUGCAUUUCACUGUGACUUAAGUAAUUAUUAGGUCUGCUUUUAUUAUGGUAAACUUUGAUGAGCCAAAAAUAUGAAUUAGUUCAAUUUGAUUAAGUUUAUUAUUGACAACUUUUUCUUACAAGCCUUUUGAACUCUUAUCCUUAUGAAAUAUCCCAAUAAACAUUGCCCACAUU